AUGCCAUUCAAUUCUGACACUCUGCACCACUUGGAAAUCUCCCAGGACCAAUAUAACCCUGGCAAUCCAUGGCCUGACGAUUCGUGGCUAGAUGAACUGGUCACCUUGGACGAUAUCAACCCUGUCGAUCCAUCAUAUCUGGGCCCUGAUUUCGAUCUCCUCUGGUCCCAAAUAAACGGAGAUGGUCUUUACUCCGUGUCUGGCUCUUCUGAGCCCCCUCUAUCCCCAUCGACCUCCCUGGUUCCCCCAUCAGAAUCCAGUUUACAAUCCCGGAAGCCUUCCGAUAUAUAUGAAAUAGGCUAUCAAGACACUAGUGGUGACUGGCGCUGUAAUUACUUCGGAUGUCUCUCUAAUCAGAUCUUUCUGCGGGCCUGUGACCUGCGAAAGCAUUACCGUUCCCAUCAGAAAACGUUCUUCUGCAAGGAACAGGACUGUGAGUGGUCAAAAAUUGGGUUCUCGUCGAGGAAGGAUUGCCAACGGCAUAUGCGGUCUCAUCGGCCGAUGAUUAAAUGCUCUGCGGCGGAAACACUGGGUUGUGAGCGGAAAGAUCAUCAUCGCAAGGUCCACAAGUCUUCGCAGAAUAAUGCGUCUCCUCAUCUUUGCAGGCGCAAUAUCAGAAAGAAAGACGAUGUCUCUAAGCCAUCUGAGCAUGAUGCUGCGUGA